CUUUUUUCUUUCGUUUUUUUUUUAUUUAUUUAUAAAACAAGAAAAUACAGAAAGAAGAGAUGCAGUCUGCUCCAACAUAUCACGCACCAAACUAUCCAUCCGCUACUACAACAGCAACUGUAAACACUUCUUCUCCUACCAUGAAUGUUUCAACUCUAUUACCUAUACAGACUUCAGCCAAUAAUAAUGACGUAUCAAUGACUUCCUUUGGUCAACAAAAUAGUAUUAUCACUAAUAAACGAACUCAAGUAAAAAAUGCUUGUACCAACUGUCAAAGGGCUUGUAAGAAAUGUGAUGAUGCAAGACCUUGUCCUAGAUGUAUUAAAUAUGGUAUUGCAGGUACUUGUGUUAGUUCGGUAAGAAAGGAACGUAAAAAAGGCAUUAAACGUGGUCCUUAUAAGAAAAGACAGAAAUCGAACGAUUCCUUAUCCCCUUCUACAAAUGCAACUUCUUCUAUGGAUCAGGAAGCAUCAACUGAUAACGCUAGUCAUGUCUUUACGACCACUUUUCCUUCACAAUUAAGUCAAUAUACUCAAGCUGCUGCUGCUGCUUAUGAUUCGUAUAGUACCUAUGCAUGUGUACUUCCUAUCUUUUCUGCUAUUUACCCUCAUCAGGAAGUUGUCAAUGCUCUUCAAAAUGCUGCAAAUAGUAACGGUAGUAGUAGUACUAGUAGUAAUAGUAGUAAUAGUAGUAAUGACAACAACAAGAGUAAAAAGAUAGAAAUAUCUGACACAACGAAUGUAAAUGAUUCUCAUCAAAAUAGUUCUUUAGCAGAGGUAUCUGAUUCUUAUUUACCACCAUCAGAGGACACAAAUCAAAAGGAAAAUAAUGAUGAUGAUGAUGAUGAUAAUACAAAGUUUGAUCGUUUAACUGAACUUUGUAGUGCUGCACUUCAAGUAAAAAUGAAUCAUUCAGGUACCAGUCAUGCCUCUGAGAUAGUAAAUCAAGAGGAGUCAACUACUACUACUACUACUACUAAUGAAUUGUCGUUAAAUAAAUGAUAAAAACAAACUUCCUCCUUUUUCCCCUUAUUUCUUAUAUAAUAAUAGUGUUGAAUACUCUACAAUAAAUAAUAAUAAACACUCUCUCAGUCAGUCAUUAAUAAGCUUCACAUAAACCUCCUGAAAUUA